CUGGCCUUGUCCAUCUCCCCUUGCCAAAACAACACCAGCUCAGGAAUCUACCACCGUUUCGAGGGGCUGACCGACACCACCCAACCGCAGCCAUGAACGGCACAGAGGGUCCGUUCUUCUACAUCCCCAUGUCCAACGCCACCGGCGUGGUCAGGAGCCCGUACGACUAUCCGCAGUACUACCUGGUGCCACCAUGGGGCUACGCCUGCCUGGCUGCCUACAUGUUCUUACUCAUUCUCACCGGAUUCCCCGUCAACUUCCUCACGCUGUACGUCACAAUCGAACACAAGAAGCUACGCUCGCCCCUCAACUACAUCCUGCUCAACUUGGCCGUGGCCGACCUCUUCAUGGUGAUCGGCGGCUUCACCACCACGAUGUGGACCUCGCUCAACGGCUACUUCGUCUUCGGCCGCAUGGGCUGCAACAUCGAGGGCUUCUUCGCCACCCUGGGCGGUGAGAUCGCGCUCUGGUCCCUGGUCGUGCUGUCCAUGGAGAGGUGGAUUGUGGUCUGCAAGCCCAUGAGCAACUUCCGCUUCGGCGAGAACCACGCCGUCAUGGGCGUCGCGUUCUCCUGGUUCAUGGCCGCGGCUUGUGCCGUGCCGCCCCUGGUCGGCUGGUCCCGUUACAUCCCCGAGGGCAUGCAGUGCUCGUGCGGAAUCGACUACUACACACGCGCCGAGGGCUUCAACAACGAGUCCUUUGUCAUCUACAUGUUCGUCGUCCACUUCACCUGCCCCCUGACCAUCAUCACCUUCUGCUACGGCCGCCUGGUCUGCACCGUCAAGGAGGCCGCCGCCCAGCAGCAGGAGUCCGAGACCACCCAGAGGGCCGAGCGUGAGGUCACCCGCAUGGUCAUCAUCAUGUUCGUCGCCUUCUUGGCAUGCUGGGUGCCCUACGCCAGUGUAGCUUGGUAUAUCUUCACGCACCAGGGCAGCGAGUUCGGGCCAGUCUUCAUGACCAUCCCGGCUUUCUUUGCCAAGAGCUCCGCCGUCUACAACCCCGUCAUCUACAUUUGCUUGAACAAGCAGUUCCGCCACUGCAUGAUCACCACCCUGUGCUGCGGCAAGAACCCCUUCGAGGAAGAGGAGGGCUCCACCACCGCCUCCAAGACCGAGGCCUCCUCCGUCUCCUCCGUCUCCCCAGCAUAAGCGCGCUCGCCCGGUCCCCCGGUCUGAGCUUCAGGUGCAACGGUGCCCCAAGACGUCGUCCUCCCAACCCAUGCAGAGACAAAGACGAAGACUCCAACCUCUGAGGAACAAGCGGCCACUACCACCGUCUACAGAAGUAACUUCCCUAUUAUUCUUUUCUUCUUUUGUAUUUUUACAAAAACUCAAAAGAGUUGAGUUCGACCUAAAGACAGUUGUGUGAGAUGGCAGCCCACAUCCAAGUCGAUUCUGUAUGUACAGUCGAGUCCAACAUCAGAGUACAAUAAGAUGUUUUUUUACCUCUAUUCUCCUCAGAGGCUACUCAAAAGAAGAUAUCUUACAACUUUUAAUGUUGGACUCCGUAAGUUACUGGCUUUGUUGUGAAAGUAGAGGCAUGUAAUCAAAGGCAACGUAAAAUAAAACGCACUUUGCAAAUGAA